CCAGGAGUUAUUCCUGCGAAUUUCUGCAGAUCUGUGCUUCUGUGGUGACAAUGACGAUGCCAGCGUCGCUUUCCGACUGCCCAUCUGUCGCGCGACUCAUCAGCGACUGCGACGCAUCACUCGACGCGCUUCGUGAGCAAGAGACCGGGGCCAGAGAUGGCGCCAAGCAGCUGGCAGAGGAGAUCAUGGCUUCCGUGGCAGCCAAGGGCGGCGUGUGGCAGCCUCCCGAGACCACUGGCGAGGUGCUCGUCAACGCAGGUCAACACACGCAAGACGACCUCAGUCGUGCGUUGAUGUAUGCACCGAUGUGUCCUGUUGUCGUGUGUGCAAUGCAGGCGGGGUGGUCUUUCCGGUGAGCCGUCGAGGCCUGCUGAUGCCUCUCAUGCGCAACCGAUACAUCUCGGUGUUGCUCAUGCAUUUCGCUGACGGCCUGCCCAGAGACUCAAACGGCCAUAUGUAUCUGGAGGUGUCUAGCGCCUACUUCGACGCCUUCCUGGACGCGCUGACCCUCUACGAGACCGGCCGUGCGAACACGGUGACCCUCCUCGCACCCAAGGCAGCCGACCCCGCAUACGCCGAGUACGACUCCCUCUUCAUGCGCGAGGUCAAGGUCUUCUCCCCAUCAGAUGACCAGCAGCAGGCACCGCUCGAUGCCGUUACGGCCAACACUGGAGGCGGCCAGCCAUGGGAUUCGACUGCGGCUCUGGAUGAGGCCACCCAGCAGCACCUUGACGCUGCUCAGCGGUCGAUUCGCGCCUAUGCAAAGCCUCUCAAGACACUGUGGCGGCUCAAGGAGGACAUCAAGGCAUUCCUGGCGGCCAUGGAGCCCUUCAUGAAGACACCUGAGGAUGGCGACAAGGUGCUGCUGAGUGUGACCAUCCUCGGCCGGCAGGUGGUGAUGAUGAAGAGCACGCUGCUCCGGCUGGGCGCCAACCAUCCGCUGCUCACGCGAUUCUCCGAGUAAGGAGGGGGCAGAAGCGAUUAAUCGCUAUGGAUUUCUGUGUCCAUUUGUGUGUGCAGCACCCCACCGAACUGGCCGGACCGACACAUCCGACAGACGCCCGCCAAGCAUUUCAUUACCACAGUGGAGUUUGCCAGGCGCAUCGCGACCAUGCCGCAUUCGCAGCUCAUCCACCCCCCACUGCUCGACGAGGGCGAGCGACGGCUGUGCAUCGAGGACAUGGAGAUGUACGGCAUCGCCUACGCCCCGCUCUGCCAUCUGCCACCCGGUGGCGAGUUCAUCGUCAAGUCGUCAGAGGAGUGGGGGAGUGUGCUGGACAUGAUCGACAAACCGGCAUGCAGGGCGUCGCUUUUGUACAAGUGAGCUGGGCACUCACGAAGGCUCCAUGGCGUCGAAUGGAAGCAACUCACGGCUGGUUGAUCAGGUCUAGCCGUGACGGUGGUGACUUCGGCACGAUGAUGGACAAGGUGGGCGAUGCGAGCGGUCUGCUGUUCCUCAUCAACCACAACGACACACACCGAUUCGGCGCCUUCGUCGACGGCCAACUCAAGCCGCCCGCUGACCCCACCCAGAUCAGCGCCAACUACAAGGUGCAGCAGUUCCUCAUUUCCAUCAGCGGUGCAUACCCCAAGAUCACAAAGGUGCCCCUCCCCGAGGUUAGGCAGUGGGUGGGGGUCGCCGGCAGCGACGCCUCCAUCAACGCCAGCAAUACGGACUCACGUGGCAAGGUGGGUGGAGGUAUACACAAUUGGUGUCAGUGCAAUGACUGGCACUGACCAGCUGACUGGUUGUCACGUGUCCUGUGUGCAGUUGUUUUUGGGUAACGGGUAUCUGUGGUUUGCCUGGGCCAGCCCCGGCCCGGUAGAUGACGUGCGCAGCAUGACUCAGUGGAUCAGGGAGAAGGACGACCUGCCCGACGGCUACCUCGGCCAAUUCAACGACCAAAACCACGGCACACUGGCGGCGGACUUGCAUUUGACCGCCAAGGAGAUCGAGGUAUGGCAGGUGACGGGCGGCGGUGCGACGAGCGCGUGAGUCAGGUGUCCCCAUAGCCGCUGUGUUUGACCUGGCUGUACCACAUCGUUCUGUCGGAAGAUGGACCAACUCGAUUUUUGCAAAGACAACUUCGUGUUUGUGCUCUCUGUGUCUCUGACGAUGCAGCCGACGUGGUGGCCUGAAUACCUUCACACACGUAUUGGCCUACCUGAAGUGUCUGUGCGGUACGACUAUAUGUGGACGUGUUAUGAGAUCGAUGAAUGCUUAAGCUCAAC